AUGGCCACAUCGGCGAAGCACAACAACACCGCAGCUCGACCUUCUACAUGCAUUCCUUCGAGCGACGAGGUGGUAUUGCUGGUACAGAUCGACGACAUCAGACAAACAGGAAGCAUCCCGAUCGACUCCACUUCUCCCGUCACCCUCCGAACCCGCAAGUUCAUCACGAACCGUCUGCUCCAGAGGAAGCAGAUGGUUCUGGAUGUCAUCCACCCUGCCCGCCCCAACGUCUCCAAGGCUGAGCUCUCGGAGAAGCUCUCGGAGAUGUACAAGACCCCCAAGGAGCAGUGCGUCGUCUUCGGCAUGCGCACCGCCUUCGGUGGCGGACGCUCCACCGGCUUCGCCCUCGUCUACGACUCGCGCGACUCGAUGAAGUUCGAGCCCAAGCACCGCCUCGUCCGCGUCGGCCUUGCCGAGAAGACCGAGAAGGCCUCGCGCAAGCUCCGCAAGGAGCGCAAGAACCGUGCCAAGAAGGUCCGUGGUACCAAGAAGACCAAGGCCGGCGAUGCCAAGAAGAAGUAA